AUGAAGCGCAAGAACAACUUUUGUUUGGUAAGGAUUGAUGAAGCAAUCAUGCCGUUCGUUCAGAUCAAACUCGAGCGUAAGCCGUUAUCCAAGAAGGAAGACACUUCGAACGAAUCGUCACAGAUCACCGAGAGCAUUAUUAGAGAUAUCUUUGGUCGUAAAAAACGUAAUGCCGUCAUCACCACUACCACUGCCACUACGAAUGAUGAGGACUACUAUGCGUACGAAAAUGAAGCUGAUUACGAUGUGGCUGGAAUUAUCCAUUCGAAGAAUAAGAUGGAUCCGAAGGAGCUGAUGUGUUUGGAAUAUGGUGAAUCGCUAUUGAAAUGGAUGCAUGAGAAUCCAAACAGAUGGGGUGAAUUUCUCACGGAGAAGGAGAUGCCGAAGAAUCCUGACUAUGAAAAGGUACUGAGGAAUGAAAAGCGACGAAAAAAUCGAUGA